UGGAUUAAUUGGGAGUAUUUCGGGGGUUCUGUUAUUCCGGAGUGUGCGCUCCAUGAGCGGCAUACUGGAGCUCACACAUUUACUCGCGAAGAUCGCCGGUGAAGUACAUCGACCCAAUGCCGACUUCGACGACCAUGAAAACGCUGGAACAUCUAUGGUCAUCGCCUCCCUCACCAAAUCUCUUAACUCAAUCGAUCACUCCUCUUCUGGGACUAGGGUUUUGGACGCAGCGCUCUCCCUUAUGUGCCUGAAAACAACCGAGGUCUGCAGCGCUCGGAUCGACCGCCUUAUCGAGACCAUGGUAUCAGUGCUCUGUUCGUUGGUUUCUUGUAAAAUCUCGCGUUUAGGGAAUGAGGGUCCGGAGCUAUUGCAAGUUGGGAGCUCCAUCUCAUUUGGAGAUUGCGGUGAACUUAUGAGAGUGAGUGCAGAUGUUCUUGAAAGUCUUGAAGCGAACCAAUGGAUUUUUUCAUGAUCUACUGCAUGCAGUUCUCAGAGCAGCAGUCUUAUCAUCUGUCUGGCCUUCUAUAGGUGACCAAGG